UCCUUCCGGGAUGACGUCGACAAGCUACUCGUAGCUCCAGGAAGCUGGAAGUUUUUUUUUUUACGGCUGCGUUUUAAACUAACUUUAAAGUUUUAGUUCCAGAGUUCAGACAAGAAGCCGAGCCGAAUAAUCAUUUUUUGAAAUUAGUAUUCAUUAUUUAAAGAAGCUAUCUUUGGAGAUCAACUGUGGUCCGAGUCUACAGCAAGGCUGACGAGCAGGACUUCAUUUAAUUUGAAGUCGCCACACAUCACUGUGAGAUGUUGGCCUCCAGUCUUUUGGAAAAUUUCUGCACCGAACACCAAGAUGACCAAGCGAACAAAGUGGACAAAUACCUGCACCAUUUUCAGCUGUCGGAUAAGACUUUAAUGGAUUUGUCAAUACGAUUUCGACGAGAGAUGGACAAAGGCCUGUGCAGAGACACCAACCCCACAGCUGCUGUCAAGAUGCUGCCCACGUUUGUGCGCUCCACUCCUGAUGGAACCGAGCAAGGUGAAUUCCUGGCCCUCAAUCUUGGCGGAUCCAACUUCCGGGUGCUCCUGGUCAAAGUUAUGGCUAAUGGAAAGCAAGAGGUGGAGAUGGAAAAUCAGAUUUAUGCCAUUCCUGAACACCUCAUGAGAGGCAGCGGGUCAGAGUUAUUUGACCACGUAGCUGAUUGCCUGGCUAAUUUCCUGGAGAAGUUGGGCAUAAAGGAUAAAAAGCUUCCUCUGGGUUUCGCCUUCUCUUUUCCCUGCCAGCAGACCAAGUUGGAUGAGAGUGUUUUGGUGUCUUGGACCAAAAGCUUCAAGGCAAACGGAGUAGAGGGAAAGGACGUGGUCAGCCUUCUGAGGAAAUCCAUCAAAAAACGAGGGGACUUUGACGUUGACAUUUUGGCUGUGAUCAAUGACACAGUGGGAACCAUGAUGACCUGUGGCUACGAUGAUCAUCACUGUGAAAUUGGCCUCAUCGUGGGAACGGGCACCAAUGCCUGCUACAUGGAGCACAUGAGGAACCUUGACCUGCUGGACGGUGAUGAGGGCCGGAUGUGUGUUAAUACAGAGUGGGGCGCUUUCGGAGACGAUGGUUCCCUGGAGGAUCUGCGCACCGACAUCGACCGGGAAAUAGAUGCAGGCUCUCUAAACCCUGGCAAGCAGCUGUUUGAGAAGAUGAUCGGUGGGCUGUACAUGGGGGAACUGGUGCGUCUCAUCCUGUUGAAGAUGACCAAAGACAAGCUACUGUUCCAGGGAAAGACUACAGCAGAGCUCCUCACCACCGGCAGCUUCAACACAAGCUACAUCUAUUCCAUUGAGAAUGAAAAGGGUGAUGAAGGUCUGACGAGUGCGGAGAAAGUGCUCCGGGGCCUGGGUCUGAACCCGUCGGUUGAGGACGGCAUAGCCACUCAGAGGGUGUGUCAGAUAGUAUCUACUCGAGCCGCACACUUGUGUGCUGCCACUCUAGGGGCAGUGCUGCGGCAGAUCCGGGACAACAAAGCAGCCGAGAAGCUGCGUACCACUAUUGGAGUGGACGGCUCUGUUUACAAAAAUCAUCCAGAGUUUUCCAGGAGGCUCCAAAAGAUGGUACGCCGACUUGUGCCGGACUGCGAUGUGCGUUUUUUGCAGUCGCCGUGUGGCAGUGGGAAAGGUGCAGCAAUGGUAACGGCAGUAGCCUACCGUCUUGCCACUCAACAUGCUGAGCGUCAGCGCGUCCUCGACACCUUGCGUCUGAGCCGUGAAAAGCUGCUGGAGGUGAAGAAGCGAAUGAGUGAAGAGAUGUUGCGAGGCCUGUCAAAGCAAACCCAUGAGCAGGCGAGUGUCAAGAUGCUUCCCUCCUUUGUUAGAGACACACCAGAUGGAACAGAGCACGGCGACUUCUUAGCUUUGGACCUUGGGGGCUCCAGCUUUCGGGUGCUGCUGGUGCGAGUGAAAAGUGGAAAGAGACACAAUGUGGACAUGCACCAAAAGAUCUACAGUAUUCCUCAGGAGACUAUGCAGGGCACAGGGGACGAACUUUUCAGCCACAUCGUGUACUGCAUCGCUGACUUUCUGGAGUACAUGGGCAUGAAAGGAGCCUCCUUACCUCUGGGAUUUACAUUCUCCUUCCCCUGUCAUCAAAGCAAACUGGAUCAGGGCAUUCUUCUGAAGUGGACAAAGGGUUUCAAAGCCAGUGGGUGUGAGGGACAAGAUGUCAUUACAUUACUUAAAGAUGCUGUCCACCGCAGACAGGAAUUUGACUUGAACUUUGUGGCGGUGGUUAACGACACAGUGGGAACCAUGAUGACCUGCAGCUAUGAGGACCCCGAAUGUGAAGUGGGACUCAUCGUGGGCACAGGGACUAAUGCGUGCUUCAUGGAGGAAAUGCAGAACAUCGAAGUGGUGGAGGGCGAUGAUGGCCGCAUGUGUGUCAACAUGGAGUGGGGAGCAUUUGGUGACAAUGGCGAACUUGAUGACUUCUGCACCGAGUUUGACCGCAUUGUCGAUAAUUGCUCUAACUAUCCUGGGAAACAGAGGUAUGAGAAGAUGAUCAGUGGCAUGUACCUGGGGGAGAUAGUGAGGAAUGUGCUGAUAGAUUUCACUGCUAAGGGCUUGCUGUUCAGAGGAAAAAUGUCUGAGCGACUCAAGACCCGGUGCAUCUUCGAGACCAAGUUCCUGGCACAGAUUGAAAGUGACCGUCUGGCCAUGCGACAGGUCCGCUCAAUCCUGCAGCACCUGGGCCUCACCAGCUCCACGUGUGAUGACAGCGUGCUGGUGAAGGAGGUGUGCAGUGUGGUCUCACGCCGCGCCGCUCAGCUCUGUGGAGCUGGUUUAGCCGCUGUGGUCGACAAGAUACGACAGAACCGCAACCUGAAUCAGCUGUCCAUCACCGUGGGAGUGGACGGCACCCUUUACAAGACGCACCCUCAUUUCUCCAGCAUCAUGCAAGAGACGUUGCAGGAUUUGGCACCGCAGUGCCAGGUGACUUUCCACAAGUCAGAGGAUGGAAGUGGGAAGGGAGCAGCGCUGAUCACAGCCGUGGCCUGUAGGAUGAAGAGUGAAGGGCAGCACUGAACCGCCACGACUGGGGUGGACGGGUAGAACCAGAGCUACAACUACUGAGUUCACCAACAUAUAGUUACAAACAAGUUGGUUAGUUUAGAUCUUUAGUACUGAAAUGUUUAAUCUGACUUAUUUUGUGUGUGUUUCCACGUACACAAAUGUGCAUGUUAACUUUUUGUUUGUUUUUGGAAUAAAUAUUUAUUGUAUUAGCUGACAUUGCAUGGGACGGUGGAGAAUGAUUUCAGUUUAGCUUGUGUGUUAGAGAAGAUGCACCUGCUGUGAAAUAGGACUGUUACGAGAUGUGGAGCUGUUCUUUUUUCUUUUUUCACACUCCCUCCUUUUUUUAUUUGCAACUUCUAAGCUGCAGGUUUCCAGCCGGCUGACUUCAUUUUUUUAUAAUGAAUAGAACGUCUGUCAUCUGUGUAGAGACUGUAGCUUGGAAAAGUUUAUUUAUACAGCAACUUUUCAAGAUCUGAAGUCACAAAGUGCCUCACAAUAAAAGUCAAAAGCAAGACAUGAAUUAAAGGAAGCUGGAAAGGACAUUGUGUAUCUUAACUUGGAAAUGAUCCGAUCUACAAAUUGAACCCUGUCUGCAUGAUUUUUGUGUUUAGAAUACUUUGUUCUAUAAUGCUUUUCUUAUUUGGGCUCUGUAGUAAGAAUGAUUAAACUUGAGAUUUGAAUUGAAACUCUUCUAUGAAGUUGUAAACUUUUACUUUAUUCUUGAUAUCAACUUUCCUCGUGCAAGUAUAAACCAUUUAAAAAGGUCAUACAAAAUAAAUGUGUUACUCUCCAUCUCUUCACUCUGGAAUGAAUGGAUUGGGUAAUUGAGUCAAAGCUUAA